AUGCAGGUGAAUUCAAGGGGCAAAGCAGUGUAUGAUGGACAUGGAUCUGUUGGACCCAUUCAAAGGACUAGGAUACAGCGUAAAUUUGUUGCAGAAUCUCCUUCUAGAGGAUCUGCUAAUUAUCAUUCAACUUUAGACAGUUCUCAGAAUAUUGAAACAGGAGGAACAAAUGGCCCUUCAGAAUUUCUGUUAGCAGAUAGUAAACCACAAAGCUCUGAAGUCGGUGUUCCAACUGUUCCUCCAUAUUCCAGGCAGGGAGCGCGGAAAAUAUUAGAACACCUUGACAGCAAUCUGCCAAAUCCAAAAGAGAAAUCUGCCGAGUUUAGGUUAGCCACCUCCUGGAAAAAACUGCUCUUUAACAAGAAUAAUAGCUUGGCCAAUUUGGGAGGCCUUGACUCUUCAGGUAAAUCAGAUCAAGAUGACAAAAGGAAUUCAGUUCAGGGGACUGUAGAUAGAGGGAAUGUUCUCUUUAACUUCGCUGCUCGAGGAGAUUCUAUUAAAGCUAAUGAUGCUGCAAAGAGUAACACUUCAGCUUCAGACAUGAAAGCUGUUCCAAAUGCUGCUGCCGAGGAUGUUCCAAGCUUUCAUAACAAACCUCCUACUCACUCUUCAGGGAACAAACCAGUUUUGCCUUCUAUCACCAUUGACAAGCCUGAUCAGAGGUGGGCGUUAUCUUCCUAUAAGAGUUCUGGAUUUACUUUCCUCGUUUCUGCAUCGCCUGGCACACUCUUUGAGCCUCCAACACCAACCAUCAUGCCGUCAACCUCAGUCACUGUUGUGCCACCACCAGAAGAUGCAUCUUCGAGUCCAUAUAGUUUGGCUUUAAGAGGUUUGGUCAUGCACUUGUUUUUUCUUUUCCUUCAACAAGCAACGACCCUAUACAACACAAUGCAUCUUCCGAUCUGAAGUUCAACUUCGGAUCAAAGAAGACGACUAGGGGUGUAUUCAAGAUUCUGAUAGCCGUAAUGAUUCAAAAUAUUUUUUUUUAAAAAAAUUAUUUUUAAUUUUUUUUAAAUCAACA